AUGCUGCUCCUCCUCGUGGCGGCGCUGUGUGCGCUGCUCUCGUACGCAAUGUGGCCCAGAAAAACAUGGGAUGCAAAGGGCAAGAGCGUCUUGAUUACCGGUGGAUCACAAGGUCUGGGCCUUGCGCUCGCGCGCCAGCUCUGCGCACAAGGCGCCAACAUUGUCCUCUGCAGCCGCACCGAAGCCAAGCUCAACGAAGCGGUGCAGCAGGUCAAGCACAUCAGCUAUGUCGUCGCGGACGUUUCCACGUUUCCCGGCGCGGCAUCUGCCGUCGCGCAGUGUCCCUUUACCCCCGACGCUGUAUUCUGCUGCGCGGGCGGCGCGAAGCCGGGCAUGUUUCUGGAGCACACUGCACAGGACUUUGAAGCGUCGAUGCGCACCGACUACAUGACGGCGCUUGCCACCGCACAUGCCAGUGCUCGGGCGAUGCGCGCGGCAGGCCGCAGCGGCAAGAUUGUCUUUGUCAGCUCCGUGCUGGGGCUCAUGGGCAUGGUCGGCUACACUCAGUACUCGCCCAUGAAGUACGCGAUCCGCGGCCUGGGCGAGUGCCUGCGCUCCGAGUUCCAGCUGUAUGGGAUCGGUGUGCACACCUACUUUCCCGCAACCAUUUUGUCGCCUGGCUACGAGCAAGAAAACAAGACCAAGCCUGCGAUUACCAAGAAACUAGAGGAAGGCGACGAGAAAAAGUCGCCCGAGGCGUGUGCGGCGUGCCUUGUGCGCGGCGUCGAGCGCGGCCACUUUUCCAUCACCGACGGCCUCAUUGGCAAUUUUUUGCGUGUCGCAUCCGACGGCAGUGCGCCCGGGAAUGGAUUCCUUGUGGAUUUGGCAUCGCAGACCUUUGCACGCAUUGCGCUUGUCGCAUGGCGCCGCUUCAUUGCAGACAGGACGAUUCGGGCGCAUGGGGUGGAUUGA